AUGUCGGAAGAAAGUGAACAGACGUCCUUGCUUGAGCAUCUCGACCUCCAGCAGCUGACCUGCCUGAACGAGGAGGGCGAGCACACGCUCAAGUCCAUCGUCUCUUCGAAGACAAAGAACUCGUCCAGCUCGUACCUCCUCAGCGACGUGGACGAGCAGCUCUUCUUGAACGUCACAUUCAACCAGCCCGUACGCAUACGCUCGAUCGUCAUUCAGACGUCGAAUGUGGCGCAGGCGCCGCGCAAGAUCAAGCUCUUCCUCAACAGACUGACGAUUGGGUUCGACGACGUGGAGGAUAGCGAGCCUGCGCAGGAGUUUGAGCUGACGGGGGAGCAGGUGACGGAAGGCAGGCGCGUUCCUUUGCGAUACGUUCGCUUUCAGGCCGUGAACAGCCUCCACAUUUUCGUCGAGUCGAAUCAAGCCGACGAGGAUCAGACGCGGAUUGACGCGAUCGAUGUCUAUGGGUUCCCUGUUACAGGAACUAGAGACUUGAGUGGUCUCAAGAAAGUAGAAGAAUGA